AUGAGUGAGGAAGCGACAUUUUUCAAACAGGCUGCUGAAGCUAUUGUUGCAACAUCUUUAAAUAUAUCUAAUGUGGAUCCGACGAUAAAAGAACUCUUAAAGAGAAUAAAGUAUAAUGAGAUUGACUUUGGGAAGAUUACACUUUCUGAGAGUCUCGGGAGAAAUGUGAUUACCCCGGAAAGCAUAUCUGCCCAGCACAUCAAUAAUUCAACCAACAAUAACAACAACAAUAAUAAUAAUAAUAAUAUUCAUAAUUUAGGCGAUUCCUUAGUUUCUUCAACGUAUGGAGAAUCUUUUGGUCAGUCUUUAGCAUCUUCUCCAAUCAAUACUGAAUCCAUAACUCUUAUUCCUAAUCGAACUUCAGAUGGAGAUUAUAAUAAAUUUGCUAAAGAAGAUCUUUUAUCGACUGAAUCGGUGUUUUCAUCAUUUAUGGAUUCUCAAAAUAAACAACAAUAUGAUAAACCACCAACUAUACAUACACAACAAAAAGUUUCAAAACCACGAACGAAGAAGAAAACACUGGAAAAACCUGACAAAAAAUACCCAUGUUCACAAUGUGAUUUGAUAUUUUUCAGAUCUUCAGAUUUACGUAGACACGAAAAGGCACAUUCAUUAGUAUUACCUCACAUCUGUUCAAAAUGUGGUAAAGGAUUUGCAAGGAAGGACGCUUUAAAGAGGCAUCAAGAUACAUUAACUUGUAGAAGAAAUAGAAAUAAAUUGAUAGAGAUAACAAAUGGGAAAGUUGAAGAGUUUUUAGAGAGAGCUAAAAAGGAAGGUAUUAGUCUAUAA